CAAACAAGAGGAAGACGAGAGCGCACCGUUGUUUUUUUAGUCUGGUCGAAACAAAAAUUUAUUUAAAAAAAAAAGUAUUUGAGAGCAGACUACAUCAAAAAAUCCAUUUGUAUAAAGUAAAAACUAACUAUAUCUGGUUACACUAUAGAGCAUGGCUCACGCUACAUCGCAGGGCGUCAAGUUGCUGAAUGGCUUCAAGGCUCCCAGUCGCUUUGAGAAGGGUCUUGGUGCCCAGUUGCCCGAUGCCUACAAGAAGUUCUGGCGCGAGUGGAAGCUGACGAAGCCUGCCGCCGUGCAUUACAUACCUAAGGAACGAGAAUGGGAACGCGAUGAAGUGACGCAUGCGAUUAAGCCAGUUCAGAGCAUACCCCUGCCACUCAUCGAUCCACCUGAGUCGCAUCAGGGUAUUUGGGGUGGUGAGGCGGUCAUUAAAGGCUUUCAGAAGCGUCAACAGACCAAACGUCGUGUCCCGCAUUUUUGGGUGCCAACAUUGCAGCGUUCUGUAGUGCACAGCCUGGUACUGAACGAGUAUAUGUCAGUGGUGGUGACGCAGCGUACGUUGGAACAAAUCCACGAAUGUCAUGGCUUUGAUCAUUAUCUGCUCAAGAAUUUGGCAUGCGAUCUGCGUUCAACUCUGGCACUGAGACUUAAGCGUGAAAUCCUAAAGGCGCUGCAAAGCGGUUGCCCAGCUCUGGCAGCUGAACCUAAACUACAAUCGGAGGUGCUUAAGGAAUAUAGUCCGUAUCUGGAGUCGUACACAAGCGAAGAGAUUGAGUGGUACGGACAUAGCUACCUCGAGGCCAUUCGCAAGCUGCAGAAUCAAUUGCGUGCGGCGGAACAAGUUGUACCUCAUAAGGUUGAGUUUCGCAGCAAGCUGAUUGAACAGCUGCGCGAGGCAGGUAUCAAAGAGGCGGGCAAACUGGAGACAAAGGAGGCGCAGCCAAGUGCCGAGCACAAGGAUGCGGACAUCGAAGCACUGACAAAGCUUGAAUCGUCGCCCUCAUCUUCCAGUUGGUUGUCCAAGAUCAAUCCGUUUGGCAAGAAGGAAACGUAGUGCACCCACGUUGACGCUUCUUUAUACUGGUUAUGUAUAUGUUGGAACAUCAAAAACACAAUAAAUGCGAAUGGAUGUCUCUCCACACUUUCGAAAAAUUA